CGUUGCCCCCGGGCUCUGCCCCCUAAAAUGGCGGCCGCCGCGCGCCAACGGCCCCGGGGGGCUCCUGUUCCCCGCAGCUCCCUGGCGUGAGCGGCCGGCCGUGAGGGUGCUACCCCCGCGUAAGGGAUGGCCGACAUCGACGUCGCCCCGGCGGAGGGAAGGGACGGGGAGCAGCCUCGUGGCGAUGCGGAGGGCGGCAGCUCCGGCACAGCGCGCCCCGCCGGCAGCGAGCUGCAGGACGGGGUGAAGAGGAAGCUGGAGGAGCAGGAGGGCGAACCGCCCAAGAAAUCAAGUGAGACAGGCCAUGGGCAAGCUGUAGCUGCACAUUAUAAUGAGCUUCAAGAGGUUGGAUUGGAAAAACGCAGCCAGAGUCGCAUAUUCUACCUCAGAAACUUUAAUAAUUGGACAAAAAGUGUCCUCAUUGGUGAAUUUAUAGACCGGGUACGACGGAAAAAGAGUGACAUAACUGUUUUGGAUCUGGGAUGUGGCAAAGGUGGAGACUUACUGAAAUGGAAAAAAGGCAGAAUUAAAAAAAUUGUCUGUACUGAUAUUGCUGAUAUUUCUGUGCAACAGUGCAAGCAGCGAUAUGAAGACAUGAAAGCUCGAUGUCGCUAUAAUGAACGUAUUUUUGAUGCAGAAUUCAUACAAGCAGAUAGUACCAAGGAUCUCCUGUCUUCCAAAUACAAUGAUCCAGAUAUGCGCUUUGACAUUUGCAGCUGUCAAUUUGUUUACCAUUACUCAUUUGAGACAUAUGAGCAGGCUGACAUGAUGCUUAAAAAUGCUUGUGGGAACCUUUCUCCUGGAGGGUAUUUCAUUGGCACAACUCCAAAUAGCUUUGAGCUUGUGAAACGGCUAGAAGCUUCAGAAACAAAUUCAUUUGGGAAUGAUGUAUACAGUGUAAAAUUUGAGAAGAAAGGCGAAUAUCCCUUGUUUGGCUGCAAAUAUGAUUUCCACUUAGAAGAAGUAGUUGAUGUCCCUGAAUUCUUGGUUUAUUUUCCAUUACUGGAAGAAAUGGCAAAGAAGCAUGGUAUGAAGCUAGUCUACAAAAUGACGUUUCGGGAAUUCUAUGAAGAAAAAGUCAAGAAUGAGGAGCAUAAGAUGCUGUUAAGAAGAAUGCAAGCCUUGGAGCCAUAUUCUACAUCUGAUGAUUCCAGACUUGCUUCUGAUAAACCUGAUGAUUAUGAGCAUGCAAAAGAGUUUAUCAAAGAUGGCAAGGCAAAGUUACCAUUGGGAACCCUGAGUAAAUCUGAAUGGGAAGCAACAAGUAUUUACUUGGUAUUUGCAUUUGAGAAGCAACUGUGAAACUUCACAUACUGGAUGCAGCAAGAAGAGAUCAUAUCCAUGUACACGUUGGAAUGGUCUGAAAUCCAUUGUGGCAACUAUUUUUUUAUUUUUAUUUUUUAAUUAUCAGAAGUGUGCAGGACACUACCAAAAACGAGAGGAAGCUCAUGAUUCUGAGUUACAUUGCCUGUCUGUGACAGAUGGACUUGUGUGUGUAUAUAUAAGAAAGAUUCUGAACCAGUCUUUUUAAGGAUUUGUAAGCAAUCUGCAUGCUAGCAAAACUCAUGUUUGAACUUGACACAACUUCAUGUUACAAAAAAAAUGUUUUGUUUGUAGCUGUUUGUGGUUACCAGCCUAACCCUGCACUUUCUGAAGCUGAUAAAAAAUGACUGUUGGCUUCAGUGAUGCAGGAUGGGGGCCUAAAUAUUGUACUGCAAAGCACAGUUAAUUCAUAAUGAGAUAUAUUCAGACACAUAGGGUAUGUCUACAUUGCAUGCAGAGCUAAGUGGUAAAUAAUAGCCAAGUCAGUCUGAGUACCUCUGUGCCGUGCUCCAGCCUGCAGUGUAAAUCUACCUUAGUGGUAUUCAAAGUGUAGUUUACAUGGUAAAGUUAUAGGAUUUUUUUCUAAAUUUUUGUUUUUGUGCUUGCUGAUAUGUAGUGUCAGUUCAUGGUGCUUUCAUGAUUAAACAAGUUUGUUCUGUACAAAACUGCUCUGAAAGAACUGAAUUUCUAAAGUUUUGAAUCUUUAUGUUGUUUUUCCAAGUAUGACUAUGUGGUAAUAACAGCUGCUGAACUUAAAUUACAGAACAUUUUCUAUUAUAUUAAAGACUCUCUUGACUUUCUGGUAGUUUUAAUGUCUCUUGAAAGUUAUUAGACAGAUCUUAGGAUGUUUGUUACUUGCUUCAUAAAAUUCCAAAUAAGCUUGGCAGAAGGAUGAGCUGUUGGUGACGAGGACCUUAUCAAGUCCUUAAGGCGUUAAGAGCACGGUCAAGAAUUGGAUCAUGAACUUAAAAUGGAACAUGUAUGGUAAUUUAGGAUACUGGAAUUUUGUUCUGGGAGGGGCAGUUGUGCAUGUGCACACACACCAGUGCAUGUGGAUAACAACUGCCAAAUUAGUCAAAGGUUCUAUUUGGGAAUACAAAUUAAUGAUACCAAUAGACAGAAUAGUACCUCACAACUGUCCUCAUGCCUGUCAGUCUCUUAGAGCUGGCUUAGGGAUUUCUGGCAUGGCGUUUGCUCUGCUUUUAACAUGCCUAUGGCCACCCACUCCUGAGAGGGUGUGAGUAACUUUCUUCAAGCUUUUUCUCUCCCUUCUGAAGCUAAAAGUAGCUAUUUGCUGCUGUUGGCUAUUAUAUUUUACAUACAGACUAAAUGAUAAAGUGUUGAUGGUACACAUGUAUUUUUGCAAAGCUACAAUAAACCUAGGAAAGGACAUACCUGUUAAACAUUCAAGUUAUUUGAGCUUGUAGUUGUAUAGCCUUCCUUCUGUAAUUGGGUCAUAUUCUUUCCUCUGAUUCUUGAUUUUUAUUAUUAUUAUUAUUUUCUAAAUCUUCCAGCAGAUCGCCUGUAACCUUCACUGGGAUGUAGCUGCUACUAAAAUUAAGUAAAACAAGUACUAUAUCUAGUAGAAAAGAGUCUUAAGAAACUAGCUGAAAAAUGCUGACAAUUUAGAAGUGCUGAAAUGUUUUGUUGAACUUCAUUUGUGUGCAUCAAAGCUAGUUUUGUUAGAUUUCUUACAUCAAGUUUUAUUUGAAAGUACGUAGUUAUGCUAUUUUUGGAAGAAAUCAGAAUAAUAAAAAGGGGAGAAAUACA